GAACAGCUGAUAGGAAUAGAUUGCAACUGUUUCGCUGUUUUGAAAAAUAAUAAAUAAUGUUAUGAGGGCAAACCAUGCAGAGUGAUAAUGCUGCUCAAGAUACGCCACGCUCUACUUGAGGUCACCAGUCCGACCACGAAGCAGUCCGCGAUCAUAAUCAACAAUGAGGUAAUCAUUAGUUCGGGCAGCAUUUUGCAGCCUCAUUUGCUCUACCACGGAGACAAAAGCGAGGAGAACAAAGGAAUCGUCGGCAGGCUGCAGCAGGGCCAGUUGAUAGACGUUCAGGCGGAUGAGGGAGGUCGCAUUCGAUCGCUGAACUUUGUUGUAACCUUUGAUCCGCAUCAGAGGCAUCCGCGGCCGCGCCAGAAUGAUGCAUCCGGAUCGAGGCAAGGCCACAUUCUUACCCGCUACUCGGCCCAUCCGUUGUACGUGUUCAGCGCCGCAGAGGUAUCUCGUAAUUUACAUCGCAUCCUGCUGACCGCAGAUGCCAUGGAUCAAAGCGAGGUGCUGCGCUCCAGUUUCGUUGUCCUGGGCAUGCGACCGCCCGUCCGAAAGGAGUCAUUUAAGCGUUUCCUCGCGCAUAUCAGCAACUAUUUGCGCCACCUGCAGCCGAUACAGUCGCUGGACGACGUUCUGGUCAUGUGCUCGCCCUUCGGCCUGGAGAACUUCUACAAGACGAUCAGUAUUGGCAAGGUGUCCAAUGUGAUGGGACGCAGUGGCUGCCUGUUCGCCAUCUCCAAUGCCUUACCACUGGGCUGCGAAGGAUCCGCAGUUUUCAACAACAAACUACGGCUGAUUGGCAUUGUGAUAUGCACCUCAUUCCAGCGGCAGCAGGAGAACGUCAAUCUGACAUUGGCCGCCAACUUUGGUUACCUUCUGCGCAACUUUAUGGAGCAGUUGGGUAUGCCUAGUACUACAUUCCAGCUAACGCGGGAGCCCUCAAACUUUCCAUGGGAGCGGACAAUUGUAGUGAUUGCGUCAGAGGGUCAACAGGGCACGGGCACUUUUAUCCGAGUUCACAACAAGCACUUCAUCCUCACAUGUGCUCAUGUAGUGGGUCAGGGCAACGAGAAAGUUAAUUGCCGCGCUGCCGAUCGAGAGUUUCAGUCGGAUGUAAUAUGGUGCAAUCCUGAUAGCGAACGGCCCUUCGACUUGGCCCUGCUCACAGCUCCACAGGAUGUGCCGGAGAGGUGCUGUGUGCGCUUGGCCAAGGGUCCAGCCACUCUGGGUCAGACAGUUUAUAACGCUGGAUUUCCCUAUUAUGUGAAUUUUGGCUUCAAAUACGACUUCACGGCUAUAUUCCAAGGGCGGAUCAUCAAGUGUGACACGGGAGCUAUCAUGUCCGAUGGUAGUGUGCAGGCCGGUCAAAGUGGCGGCCCUAUGUUUGACCAGAACGGCUGCAUCCUCGGUGUAUGCGUGUCCAACAUCAAGAUGGAAGACAUCAUCUACCCGAACAUUAACACAGCCAUUCCCAUUUGUGAUAUACGCAACACGCUGCAGCAGUUUGCCCGUACCAACGAUGUAAGGGUACUCAGCAAUCUGGUGGCCAGCCGCGAUGUGGGCCGCGUUUGGUCACUGGAAAUGCCGCCCAUUAGAAGCAAACUCUGAGAAGAUUGGGGCA